UACAGGACAGGAGAAAAAAAGAGGAACAAAGGCACAAUGAAAGAGUGACAUGGGGAGUGUUUCAGACAGUGGAAAAGCGAUUGAGAGAGAGGGACUAGAAUCAUAACAGCAUAUCAGAAGUUUGUUUUACUUUAUGCCGUGAGAACACCUUUCAUUCUGGCCUCUCAUUGAUCCGUGGGACAUUGUUGUGUUAAUGUUUAGACUGUUUGCUGUGUGUGUGUGUAAAAGAGUGAGCGAAUGUGUGCGUGUUUGUGCUGGAGUUGGUAAAUAAGAUGACUAGAAAGACUGUGCCCAAGGGGGUUUCACCUCAAAGCAAUUUCGGAGAGAAAGAACCGCUCCGAACAAAUGGAGACCCCCACGCUGAAGCCCCUGAGGAGAAGGUGGAACUGCGGAAAAAGGUGACCCUGCUCCAGGGAAUCUCCAUAAUCAUUGGGACAAUCAUUGGUGCGGGAAUAUUCAUCUCUCCGAAGGGAAUUCUGAAAAACUCUGGCAGCGUGGGAAUGUCGCUUGUGAUAUGGGUCGCCUGUGGGAUUCUCUCUCUUUUUGGCGCUCUAUGCUACGCCGAACUGGGCACCUGUAUUAAAAAGUCUGGUGGCCAUUACACGUACAUCCUGGAGGCGUUCGGCCCACAAAUGGCUUUUGUUAGGCUGUGGGUAGACAUGAUUGCUAUAAGACCUGCAGGUUUGGCUGUGAUUGCUCUGGCGUUUGGCCGCUAUAUUUUAGAGCCCAUCUUCAUGCCAUGUGGAGUCCCCAUUAUUGCUGUCAAGUUGGCCACAGCAAUUGGGAUCACUACAGUAAUGUACAUAAACAGCAUGAGCGUAACCUGGACUACCAGACUCCAGGUUUUUCUCACGUUUAGCAAACUGCUCGCUAUCGCCAUCAUCAUUUUUCCAGGGCUAUACCAGCUCUUCAAAGGAGAGACCAAAAAUUUCGAGAACGCAUUUGAGUUCAACACUGUCGAUCUGACUGGCCUUCCUCUAGCAUUCUACUCAGGGAUGUACGCCUAUGCAGGCUGGUUCUACUUGAAUUUUGUGACAGAAGAGGUGGAGAAUCCAGAGAGGACGGUGCCCCUUGCCAUCUGCAUCUCCAUGGUGAUAGUUACUAUCUGUUACACACUGACAAAUGUGGCAUAUUACACCGUGAUGUCAGCAGAAGAGCUGCUAGCCUCUGAUGCAGUAGCCGUGACGUUUGCGGAGAAGCUGAUGGGAAACUUCUCAUUCGCUGUUCCUAUUUUCGUGGCUCUGUCUUGCUUUGGUUCCAUGAACGGAUGCCUGUUUGCCAUCUCAAGAAUGUUUUACGUGGCCUCUCGAGAAGGUCAGCUUCCUGAGGUUUUCUCUAUGAUUCACAUACGCCGACACACGCCGUUACCUGCUGUGAUUGUUCUGUAUCCAGUUACAUUAUUGAUCCUGUUCUUAGGGGACAUUUACAGCCUGCUGAACUUCAUGAGCUUCAUGCGCUGGCUCUUCAUCGGGGUGGCUGUAGUCGGCCUCAUUUACCUGCGCUACACACGCCCUGAAAUGCCACGACCUUUUAAGGUCCCUCUUUUCAUCCCUGCUGUCUUUUCCCUCACUUGUUUCUUCAUGGUUUUCCUCUCUUUAUAUUCUGAUCCGGUUAAUACUGGCAUUGGCUUUGCCAUCUCACUCACAGGCAUCCCUGCAUACUACAUAUUCAUCCACUUCCACAGAAAACCCAACUGGUUCCAGAAAUUCUCAGAUAUUGUGAACAGAUCACUACAAAUCAUAUUGGAGGUGGUCCCUGUGGGGCAUUGACCCUUCUCUGCAUUAACAAAGAAUGUGUGUGCUGUGUAGACCUUAUAGGUGAAUUCACGUAGACUGUACUGUACAUCCAAAGAUGUAGACCAAACAAGCAAAAAUGAAGUGCCUUUGCUUCAGUCCACCUCAGCAAGUGUCAUAACGUCAGUGUUAAACAUUCGCAUGCUGCAAAACACCUAAUAUUACUGACCAAACGGUCUAGGAAUAUCCAUGAAUAGAUGCUCUACUACAACGACAGUGUCUCUUCUGUCACUUUGCACAGCUCUUUACAAACAUCAAUGUCACAUAGACAUUAUAAGAAAUGUUUUCAUUCAGGUGUGACUCAAGCACGAGCUCAGACGGGGAUUUGGACAAUCUGCUUCACUCUCCUCAAUGGCUCAGGUUAUACAAAUAAAAGAAACACAUGGCAGUAUGUCUAACUGAGGCACUUCUCAGGUUUUAUAGGGUAUUUUCUAGCAAGUUACUGAGAACAUAUCUCGUACAUGGCAGUAUGACAUUUUUGUAUUAUGAUGAGUCUGGAUAAUCAGAAAUUUUUAUUGCCUAUAAUGCUGUUAUAUUGUUCCAUGAAUUAACCCCCCCAACGCACAAAUUUAUGUUGAUUAUUGCUCUAGAAUUGCUUUUCAACCAAUUAACAACUUAUUCACCCAUUCAACCUGAAAAUGAAUCUUGUUUAUGACCUGCUUGCUCCCAAAUGAAUUGGCGGUAAUGAUUUUGCACAUUACCAUUAUGAGCAUGUUUAAAUAUUGAAUAAGUAAUAAUGCAUGGCUUUAAUUAAAUCAGUAUUAUGUUGCUGUUCUGAAACUGAUGUUACAAGGGCAUAAGCUAGACAACCUGAUAGAAAAGUUAUCUAUAAAAUACAAUAGUACAAAUAAUACUUUUAUUUAUACUGUUACUGUUUGUAUUAUUAUUUGUUUUUAGAAAAAUGUUUGAUCAUCAUGUGUAUUUAUAGUGAUAUUUUUGUACAACAUCUAUAUUUGUUAAACUACUGAACAUUUACUACCAGAAAGCCACUUCCAGCACACUUUAUAGGACCAAAAUUGACCAAAUCAAAU